CCAGGAGGGAAGCACCCCUCCACCCCCCCACCCCGCCUCCCGGCCCGGAAGGAGCUGACGGGAGCUGGGACAUCGGCAGCCAUCGCGCUUUGCAGUUCGAAGUAGACGGGUGUAGGGCGGUCGCCAGGUGAGGAAUUGCGCUCUCUCCAUUCGCAGACUCUAUAUAAGAUUUGGAUAUGUCCUUCAUAUUUGACUGGAUUUAUAGUGGUUUCAGCAGUGUGCUACAGUUUUUAGGAUUAUAUAAGAAAACCGGUAAAUUGGUAUUUCUUGGAUUGGAUAAUGCAGGAAAAACAACAUUGCUACACAUGCUAAAAGAUGACAGGCUUGGACAACAUGUCCCAACGUUACAUCCCACUUCAGAAGAACUAACCAUUGCUGGCAUGACCUUUACAACUUUUGAUUUGGGUGGACAUGUUCAAGCUCGAAGAGUGUGGAAAAACUACCUUCCUGCUAUCAAUGGCAUUGUAUUUCUGGUGGAUUGUGCAGACCAUGAAAGGCUGUUAGAAUCAAAAGAAGAACUUGAUUCACUAAUGACAGAUGAAACCAUUGCUAAUGUGCCUAUACUAAUUCUUGGGAACAAGAUUGACAGACCUGAAGCCAUCAGUGAAGAGAGGUUGCGAGAGAUGUUUGGUUUAUAUGGUCAGACAACAGGAAAGGGCAAUGUAUCUCUGAAAGAACUGAAUGCCCGACCCUUAGAGGUUUUCAUGUGCAGCGUGCUCAAAAGGCAAGGCUACGGAGAAGGUUUCCGUUGGAUGGCACAGUACAUUGAUUAACAACUGCCUGCAUCGGUUCCAGGUCUCACCAUUCAGGCCUGCCCAGAGAUUUGAUCCGCUCAACAUGCAUAACUUGAAUUCAAUAGACUUUUGUUGGUUAGAAAACAUGUUUUUUAGAUUAUUAAUAUUUUAUCAACUUAAUCUGAGUGCAAAUUGAAAACUGAUUCAAGUAAGUUUGAGUAUCACAAUGUUAGCUUUCUAAUUCCAUAAAAAUAGUUUAUACCGUUUAUAAUCUGACAUUAUCCCCAGCACCAUUUGUAAAGAACAACUUCCCAGCAGUACAUUUGAGGCACUUUUGAACAACGUGAAGCUACAAAUAUAAACCAUGUUUAAAAGCUCAUCAUGUUAAAUUUUUACGUACUAUUUUGGGACUAGUUUUUAAAUUUUAGAUUAUACGUCCACCUGUCUUAAGUGUACAGUUAAUAAUUAGCUUAUUGAUGAUUGCAUGAUGCCUUACAGUUUUCAAUAAUAUUUUUUCUUAUGCAAACGUCAUGCAAUAAAACACACCCUGAUGUUUGGCAUUUGUGUUGGACAGAUGUUUCAUUUAAUGUGUCUUAUCUAGCUAGUAUGCUCCGAAAUUUUGAGUAUUUAAUAAAAUAGGUAUGAGGGGGUUGUGGGGAAAGGAGACCACUUCAGAAUUUUUAGGAUAAUGUAUAAGUCUCUAGAGGCUUUUGCAUUUACCAGGAGACAAGCUGUGUUUAGUUCCACCUUGUACCACAUUUAUCUCUGAAUCACAUGUGUUUGUAACAGUAAUGCUACCAUUAUUAGUGCUGAUGGGGGCCACCUCCUAGUUUCCGUGGAAUCGGUCUUUUGAAGAAAAGCACAUCUGGUACAACACAAGGUUAAUCUGGGGUUUGAUAGGCCCUAUAGCUCCAUUCCAGUUGUCUGAUUCUGAAGUGUUCCAAACUUACUGGUGCCCAGUUCGGUUAUUUGUGCCUUUUCACCAGAAGUAGUGACAGGCACCAGUCUCCCCACAUUUAGAGGUACUCCCCACUCCCUUUUACAUAAUGGUACUCCCAGGGCAAGCGACAAGUAGCACCUUGUGCGUAGUUUCAUUGUGGAGGCCUGUAUAUGUGUGAGAAAGGAAGCCUCUUCUGCCUUCUGAGCUGCAUGGGGAUUCUGGUCCUGUCCUAUAGCUUUUUUGCAUUGUUUGGCAUAUUUUAUUUCUCAGUAGAAAUAAACGAAUGCUUGUGUUUGGUUUUCCUUUUUCUUAAUUGCUCUCAGCUCUUACUUUUAAGCACAAAGGCUUUUGUUUUUAGAAGUAAUGCCUUCCAUGUGAUAGUGUCUGCAGGCCUCACUGAUAGACUAACAUUUUAGGUAGGUUUUAAAGCACUUUAAUUUUCUAAGAAAUUGAGUUUGUUUGUUUUUUUCCAUGAGGUUCUGAGAUUCCCAUAAUUACUAAAAUAAGCUGAAAGGAAGUGCCAAAUAUAUAUUUUUAAAGACUCAAACUUAAGAGAGUUCUCUCUUGGUUAUAAACCAGGAUUUUAUAGUAUAUUUCACCAAUUCCAUUGAGAAUAGAUUUUCCAAUUCCCUCAAGAAUAAUUUUAAUAUCAGAAUUAGUGUUUUCUUUAGCUUUUUUCCAAAUCAGUUACUCUAGUUCUGUCAUUAAUAAUGGAACAUCUGAGACAGAUAAGGAUUAAGGGAUAUGACUGAAAGGAAAUACCAGUUAGCUAAACCAACAAGGUCAUUUCAACAUGACCUCUGGUUUUAGUAAUAGGGCUUUUCUGUUUCACUUUAACCUUCCUUUCAAAUAAAAGAGCUUCUUUCCUGCUUAGAAUCAUCAGUAG